UGAUCAAGGGUUAACACGAUCAAGAGUGAGAAAGAUCAAGUUGCGGAACAAGAUGGCAACCCCGAUCUUGCUUAUUAGGAACCGUUUCCGCUGCCUUCAAUUAUCCCUCAGCCUUGACACUCAAAGUCAGCUUCACUUUUGUUCUUCCUUCACAGAAUGAGCUUUUCCGAGAGUUUUUCUUCAGAUGUCGCAACAAGGAACACUGCUCGAACUUUCUUAUCGAGCGUCAGCGGUUUUUCUCAGCCUUCUCAUCGCAAAAUAAAAACCCUACUCGACUUGUUACAAACUGUUCAACAUCUCAACCUUGAGCAGUUCGCCCACACAUCCCUCCAGCGUGACCGACAUAUUGGCGAAGGAGUGUCAUACAAAGUAUCGCGAUGCGUUCACAGAGACACGAAAAGGGUAUAUGCUGUCAAACAGGCCAAACUCCCAUCUGCGGCUAGUGAUUUUGAGGCUUUUGAGCGACAGGUUACGUCUGUACUAAAAGACGUUGAGGUGAUGUCCCAUGUUGGCAGAAAAAAGAAUGUCCUAAAUAUACUUGGGUAUGGAUGGAGUCUGGAUAAGGAUAACCACAUCCCGUUCCUAGUUACUCAGUUUGCUGAGGGUGGGACACUGAGAAACUUCUUGAAAAGCUCUCGGACUGGGGUCCAGGAUAAGAUCAAGCUUUGCCGCGACGUGGCUCAAGGCCUCCAGGGCCUGCAUUCGUGUGGGAUCGCGCAUGGUGAUCUCAAGCUCGACAAUGUUCUCGUUACCUCGUGGCUGGACGAAACUGCGUCAGUAAAUGGACUCCACAGUAAUAGCCAAGAGCCGUCGCAUCUGUCCCACAUCGAAGUUUGUAUUUCUGACUUCGGCCACUCUCUACUAAUUAGUGAUAGAGAUGAGGAUGACUGGCAACAGUACGGCGGAACUCUAGCUUAUAAUGCUCCAGAAAUAUCUGGUGAACAUCAAGGGAAAGAGCAAACCUUGGAUUUUGCCCAGUGCGACAUUUGGUCACUCGGCUUAUUGGCCUGGGAGAUCUUCAAAGAUGGCCAUACGUUCUAUAGCCACUCCAGUAUCCGAGCUGCAAUUCUCUCCGACAUCCCUGCAUCGUCAACAUCUCCUUCUCAUUCUAUUGGUAAAACUCCAAUCACUGAAGGAACCUCAACCACCAUACCACUACAGAUUCAGAGCUCAAACGCGAAAACCAUAGAAAACUUGAACAACGCAGCCGACCAGUUCUUCGGCAUCGCCUGUAAAGAUAUCCAAGAGCAUCUGGGUCAAAGCAUUGAUCCGAGAACAAUGAAGCAUAUUACAGUCAUGCUUCGGAUGUCUCUCCAAAUGGACCCACAAAAGCGUGCAUGCAGCACUCUGUUGACCCCACUGCUAGAUGAGGGCGCGGGGUAUCCAUCAAGCGUGCUGAAGAGCCCCCGCUAUACCGAUUACAACCAGCCAAUUGCGUGGUCAUUUGAGAUACUUCAGCAAAAAGAGAACAUCCCAUAUGAAGCAGCGGUGCAAAUUCUAAAAGAUUGGAAGCGGCUAGCUACGCAAGUGGCGCAAAACCAUGACACCAGUAUCGACGUGUCACCUAGAGCAUCGCUUCAGAUUGCCUUGGCAUAUAUGUGCGGAUUCGGGGGCCCAGAAUCUACAUCGGAAGCCGUGAAAUAGUUUUCCAAAAGCGCUUUGGAGAAACUCGACAUCGCACAAGAUUUCCUGCCAUUUAUCAGUGCGAGGUCCAGAUAUGAAGAUGAAGGGUGUUCUAACGACCAUUCUGGAGUAGAGGACGCUCUGUUGGCCUAUACAGAGUGCGUACGU